GAAAUAUGAAAAUUUGAGCUUGAGAUUUUAGAGUCAAAAUUGCAUUGAGAAAUUUCUCGUCUUUUUUUUGCCCGAGUCAUCCCCGGUCUUUUCAUUUUGUGAAGAAGAGAAGCUCAGCCGGCCCCACAAUUAAUUAGGCAGGCUCGACCAAUAAUUAUUUCCCCUCAAUUAAUUAAUUGUCCUUUGUCCUUUACUUGUAGAAAAAUGUUAAAAUACACCCGUGACGUGCUGGGGUAUCAUCACCCCCUCAAAAUUUCCAGAUUGCUCGAAAUCUCACCCCACAGCACCACCACAAAAUCAAAAAUUACAAUGGCCAGAUCAAUUUCAAAUAGUAGAAAUUGGUCGAAACUGUCGACAAAUCAGCUUCUCACCGCAAGACGGUCGUCAUCCUCUUCCUUGACGAAAUUAUUGUCGCCAGAAGUGCUCGGUUGUCUUGGUCAAAAUCAUCAUCAUCAUCUCUUUUACUCGUCGAACUACCCCUUUGCGCCACAUUAUUUAUCUCGCCGCCACCUACAUUCCACGCGGGCCCUGUGCGACGGCGAACCACCCAACAAACCAUCCUCCAAGGUGGAAGAGACAGCAAAAGUUUUAACCGAAUCUUUCAAAGAGAAACAAGACGGGACCGCCGUCGCCGUUCCGAAACGUCCGCUCUACAAGCGCAUCCAAGACGAAAUUCUUCACUAUUACCAUGGCUUUAAACUCCUCUUUAUCGACAUGAACAUCUCUGCCAAACUGAUUUGGAAAGUUCUCAAUGGAAAGAUUCUCACCCGUAGGGAACACAAACAGUUAAUUCGUACCACCUCUGAUAUGUUUCGCCUCGUCCCGUUCUCCGUCUUUAUCAUCGUCCCCUUCAUGGAACUCCUGCUCCCUGUCUUCCUCAAACUAUUUCCAGGCAUGUUGCCUUCCACAUUUCAAACGAAACUGGAUCGCGAAACUAAGAUGAAAGGUGAAUUAAAAGUUAAGCUCGAAAUGGCCAAAUUUCUUCAGGAAACGCUGGACGUCAUGGCCCCUCAGGCGAAGGGAAGAUCAUCCCAGACGGCUAAAGAGUUUGCCGAGUUCAUCCAAAAAAUUCGCACGUCCGGCAGUGAAGUGUCAAACACGGACAUUAUGAAGUUUUCCAAACUUUUUGAGGAUGAAAUUACGCUGGAUUCGUUAUCAAGGCCGCAACUCUUGGCGCUGUGUCGCGUCCUGGAAAUCCCGGCGUAUGGAACGACAGCAAUUUUGAGGUUUCAGUUAAGAAUGCGGUUGCGCAGUUUGGCGGCGGAUGAUCAAAUGAUUGAAAAUGAGGGGGUGGCUAGUUUAAAUUAUGUGGAGCUACAGGCAGCCUGCAAGUCGAGGGGGAUGAGGGCCGUGGGUGUCACGGAGGAAAGAUUGAGGAGACAGUUGGAACAGUGGUUGCAAUUGUCGUUGCAUGAAAAACUUCCACCAUCGCUGCUCCUCUUGUCGAGGGCGAUGUAUCUCCCGGACAAUUUGCCAGCAUCGGCGCAACUUCACGCCACCUUGUCCGCCUUGCCGGAUGGAGCGGCGCUCCAAACCAAGGCUGCGAUUGGAGAGAGGGAAGGAAAAGUGGAUAACAAGACGAGGAUUGAGCUGAUUAAGGAGGAGGAAAGGUUAAUCAAGGAGGAACAGCAGGAGACCAAAAAGGUCAAGGCGGCCGCGGCAGAGAAGGAGAAAGAGAAGGCUCUCCCACCAAUUAUGGAUGGAGUUGGACACGAUGUAAUCCCCGAGCCCAUUUCUGAGUUGAUGACCGUUCGACCACCUCGGGUAGAGCCAGCCCCAUCGAGGCGUCCCGAGCCGAUGCCACUGGUGAGUGAGCUCGGUCCAGAAAAAGGUCCAUUCCUUUACACGUCCGAUCCAUUCAGUGUGAUCGGGGCAGUUAACAAUAUCCUCUCGAGGAAGUAUAUUCCGCCCGUGUCAGUCUUGGAGGAGGUGCUGACGCUGCACGACUUCGCCGCUAUUGAGACCGCAAUUGAAAAGUUGAGCUCUGAGAGGAAGGAGAUGUUGUUGGAGAAGGAGGAAUUGCAAGACCUCAAGGAGGAGAUGGCCGACUACUCGGAAGACUUGAGACUAUUGGAGAGAGUCGUCAAGCAGUCGGGUACCAAGAAGUUGAAGGUUAACAAAGGUGCUGUACGUCUCUUCAAAAAGUUGAAUAGCAUGAUUUCCGAGAUGGAACAUACCGUCGCGGGGUCGGAUAAGUCAGUCGCGGGCGUGGAAAAUACUGUCGCCACCGCCGAAUUAAUCGCUGCUAUGAGACAAAUCCAACACGCGGAGGGAGAUGCGACCAAAGUUGACAGAAUUGCGAGAGUAUUAUCGAAAUUAGAUGAUAAUAAGGACGGAAAAAUUGAGAUUGAUGAUUUAGUCAAGGUAAUUGAAAUCGUGGGACGUGAAAAUGUCCACAUGUCGUCUAAACAAUUGGAAGAAAUUGUCAGUAUAUUGGCCAAAGAAGAGACCCUGGUGGAAGGAAGUAAAAAAUUUACACCGACCACUUCAUCCCCAUCAUCUACCUCAUCUGCAACAUAACUCAACUGAAAUUUAAUAACUAAUUUUUGAUUAGAACGAUACAAAUUUCUUACAUAAAAAAGUAAUAACUCGAAAUAAUGCUUGAUUUCUGUGAAAAUAACUAAUAAUUUGACAAACGAGGUAAAAAUUCUAUCUGAAAAUAAUUGAAAAACUAGAAAUAGUAUAUUUUUUUGUCUGUCUGUCAUAUCGCUUGAUUUCAAAAUAUCAAUUUUUUGAUAUUUCCUUCUCUUUCCAAAUGAGGCAAUUUCACAAAAAGCUGUGUAAACUUUGCCAGGUUAGCGUGAAUAUGACCUCAAACAAAAUAUACAAAUUUCUUGACUUGCACUCUUACUUUACAAAGAACAUACAUUCAAGAUUUAGAUACUUUUUAGUCAAUAAUUAAUUAUUGCAGUAAUAAUAAUUAAUAAUAAUUUGUAGGCAAUGAAUGGGUGUGAUACGCAAAUGGAAUUUUUUGUGAUGUUUAAUUGACGGAUGACAACUUUUGAUCAAAAACGCAACUCUAAAAACCAGUCAGGAAUUAAUUGUUAAAUCGUUAAUAUUUUGUUCGUUUAUCGGUACUACUUGUUUUUGAGCAGGUGAAGGCUUAGCUUUAUACAUGUGAGUUUCAUGAAAUGAAAGAAAAAAUCAAGUGUUCAGGGGGAGUUAUUUAAAUAGGACAAAAAAUCAUAAAGGACGACACAGCAGAAAAAUAAAGAUAAGUACGAUAUCCCACGCGGAGAAAAGAUAAUUCAUACCAUAAAAAAAUGAAAACCAGAAUAAAAUGAGAUUAAAGAAAGAAAAUAAACCAACUUGACAAAGUU